CGGUGCCCUUAUAUAUGCCUUGUAAUAGCAUAUUUCGCAUACUCCCAUAGGCCGGCCGGCCCUUAUCCGUAUACUAGUCCUUCGUUCUCCAUGAAUGCCUACGCUCUGCACUCGAUGGAGGUGAAGGCGAAGCCGGCGAGGGGCGGGAAGAGGAGCAGGGCGAGCGGCGGCAUGGCGGUGGUGCUGCUGGAGAAGAAGGAGUCGGAGAAGGAGAGGAGGAAGCGCAUGAAGGCGCUCUGCGAGAAGCUUGCAUCCCUAAUUCCAAGAGAACACUGCUGCUCCAGCACUGAUACAAUGACCCAGCUAGGCAGCCUGGACGUGGGGGCGUCAUACAUCAAGAAGCUGAAGGAGAGGGUCGACGAGCUGCAACGUAGGAGGAACUCUGUGCAGGCCUUGGAUACCUUAAGAGGAGAUACUAGCAUCCCAACACCCACUACCACCACUACCACAAGCAGCGGUGCAAGGUCGCCGGAAGAAGAGAAAGCUUGGGAGGCAUUGGAACCAGUAUUGCAGGUGCGGCAACACGACGAUUCAAGCAUGGAGGUGAGACUGAUAUGUUGCAUGGAGAGGCCGAUCAAGCUCCAUGAGGUGAUCACCAUCCAUGAGGAAGAAGGUGCUGAGAUCAUCAAUGCCAAUCGCUCUGUUGCUGGCCACAAAAUGUUGUACACUAUACACUCUCGGGCCUUCAGCUCGAGAAUUGGCAUAGAUGUUUCAAGGGUUUCUGAACGACUGGGGGCAUUGGUUUGAUAGUAAAUGGAUUUGUACAAAAUAUAUACAUAAUUAUAUAAAAUGAAUAUCACAUGGAUGGUACAUAGAUGUCUAGUUAUUAAUUGACGAGAAAUAGGGGAUGGAAACACCUUAAGUAGCCGGUAAUUCACGUCUAAGCCAGCGCUCAUUUGCACUCGAUGAACAAUAGAUUCAAAACUAGUAAAAAAAUCAAAUAAUUCUGAAUUUUUUUAGCAUAGAAGAUGCUCAUGUGCACAAGGAGCGUGCAAAUUUUUUGUUUCUUUCAGAGCCUUUCUUUUGUUUUUUUAUCCACGACCUCCUCGAAUGUCCAAACAUAAUGAAUUUUUGCACGCACA